UCUGGUCUCCAGGUAACUUAGAUUACAGUGCUGGCUCUGUCUCACCCUUUCAUGUGAACACACAUUUACUGGAGAGACUGAAAUAAGAACAGAGUUGUGGAAAUUGUGACUUUAUCUUGGAUUUCACAUAAAACCUGCGAGACCCACGGGAAUUAUGAACCGGACCUACCCUAAGCGGAGAAGUCUGGACUCUGCCUCAUUUGGUUCUACAGUGACAUUGAUCUCAAAGGAUGAGAAAAAUUUGUGCUGCGGUUGUACUAGAAGAUGUGCGUGCAUCACAGCAGUGCUACUAGUCAUCCUGAUAAUUGUUGCAGCUGCAAUUACAUGUGCUGUUAUUUUUGGCAUCCCUGCAAGCACACCAGAGAGCCGCUACUGUGUCACAUCAGGUAACUACACGGGAUUUCUGUGUGAUGACAGAACCACCUGUCUGCUGCCAUCGCAGGUCUGUAACUCUGCCAGCAACUGCGGGAAUGGGGAGGAUGAAAGUACCUCAUUAUGCAGUAACCUCCCUGAUAAUUUACCUGGAUAUUUGAUAUUCCGCUGUGGAAACCCGAAAAACUGGAUCUACAGCAACUUGAAGUGCAACGGAUUCAAUAACUGUGGAGACUGUUCCGAUGAGUCUGAAAGCCUGGCAUCCUGUGACUACUGUGACUCUAAUUCCUGGUGGACCUGCAGCCCCGUCCUCUACCAGUACUGCUACUGCAUCCCCAUCACUCUAUGCCAGAACGGAGCCCAAAAUUGCAUAAACUGGUCUGAUGAGUACACGUGCAAGAAGUGACAUGGGCAGGGUUCCAAGAAAUGCCUGUGUAUAUAUAUAAAUAUAGGAUAUAUUCUCUACUUUUGGAAGCCCUGCAGAGAACUCUUGAUCGGAGCCUUAACCUGAAAUCCAAUUAACGGCAGAUAAAACUUGCUUUUCAGUUUACAUUUCUCAUGCCCAAAAAUAGACAUCAUGAGGACAUUACUUUGUUUCAGCAUCAUAUUGCUCCAGUGUGAGGUAUGAGGUGCGAGGUAUGAGAGAUGUGGCAGGACUCUGACCUCACCAUAGGGCACAGGAAGAUAAGGCUUGGUGAUUACUCGUUGGCACGUUUUCUGCGUGAUGUGAGAUACUAAGUAAAAGGACAUUACAUGAGAAAAUAGGGCCCUUUGUACAUGACCGCUUACGAUCUAAAGCAGGCAUUCUCAACCUGUCCUCAAGGCAGACUAAAAGUGCAGGUUUUUGUGACAUCCAGGCUGCAGCACAGAUGGUUAAAUCAAAAUAACUGAGAUACUAAUUAAGCCACCUGUGGUCAAGCAUGAAUCUCACUAAAACCUUGACUGUAAAGGUGGGUACACACCAGUAGAUAUAUCUGCAGAUCAAUUGAUCUGCAGAUAUAUCUAUGUACGGAUCGGGCAGUGUGCUGUGCAUACACACUACCCGAUCCGUUGGGGGACUGACAUCAUGAACUGGGUCAAUCACCCCCGGGCGCCGCAGCAUGUGUAGGGCGGUCGGACGACCGCCCCGUACACACAGCGACGCACCAAUAUAUCGUUAGAUAUAUUGGCCGUCGGCUGUGCUGCGCAGCCGACGCGAUACGUCUGUGAACGACGGAGUUCACAGACGUAUCGCCCGUACACACUGGCCGACGCUCCCGCGAUAUAUCGGCCGUUCAAGAGAACGGCCGAUAUAUCGACCAGUGUGUACGGGCCUUUAGUGUGCCUUGUAGACCAAGGUUGGAAAUGCCUGAUCUAAAGGGUUCUUAUACCUUCAGUUCCACUUACUAUUUGUUGCUGCACCCACUGUGUCCUCUGGCCCUCAUUCCGAGUUGUUCGCUCGGUAUUUUUCAUCGCAUCGCAGUGAAAAUCCGCUUAGUACGCAUGCGCAAUGUUCGCACUGCGACUGCGCCAAGUAACUUUACUAUGAAGAAAGUAAUUUUACUCACGGCUUUUUCUUCGCUCCGGCGAUCGUAAUGUGAUUGACAGGAAAUGGGUGUUACUGGGCGGAAACACGGCGUUUCAGGGGCGUGUGGCUGAAAACGCUACCGUUUCCGGAAAAAACGCAGGAGUGGCCGGGGAAACGGUGGGAGUGCCUGGGCGAACGCUGGGUGUGUUUGUGACGUCAACCAGGAACGAUAAGCACUGAAAUGAUCGCACAGGCAGAGUAAGUCUGGAGCUACUCAGAAACUGCUAAGUAGUUAGUAAUCGCAAUAUUGCGAAUACAUCGGUCGCAAUUUUAAGAAGCUAAGAUUCACUCCCAGUAGGCGGCGGCUUAGCGUGUGUAACUCUGCUAAAUUCGCCUUGCGACCGAUCAACUCGGAAUGAGGGCCUCUGUUUCUUUCUGUUGUUCUACAUUUGCACUCUGUCCACAAAUUUGUGUCCAUGAUUCCACGGUUCCAUGGUUCUGUGCAAUAUGCUGGAAAGGGAAUCCAGUGAGGAGCAUAGGAAAGGUGAGAGGACCAGUUACAGCACGGACUAAUGAGGAGCUCUGGGAUCUUAACCUCCCAUCUGCAGGUAUUCCCAGCUCUGAGCUGCAGAUUAGGCUUCCCUGGUCCUCUUCUGGGGAGAAACAGUCACCUGGUCCUGUGCAGAGGCCCCAUAUAAUCUCUAACAUCCGGCAGAUGUAACAUGCCUACCACUGGUCCACCACUGGAAUACUUCCAUAUAUUAGUCAUGGUAGAUUAGUCACAUCAGGCUAUAUCCUGCAGCUUCGCUCACGUUUCUUUAUUGAUGUACACUGUAAAUAAUAAAACGCAUACUGUACUGCAUAUGACUGUUACAUGCUUUUCCGAUUAUCAAAUAAACUUGUAUAUUUCUUUA